GCUUCUCCCCCUCUUGCAUUAGUCUGGCUGCAACGGCGAAGUACUGAAACCCUAAGAACAACAGCAGCUAAGAGCCGCAACAAUGGCACAACCUAAAGUUUUGACAACCAAAGAGGCCGAUAUACAAAUGAUGCUUUCUGCCGAGGUCCAUCUCGGCACCAAGAACUGUGAUUUCCAAAUGGAACGUUACGCUUUUAAGCGCCGUAACGACGGAAUUUACAUUAUUAACUUAGGAAAGACAUGGGAGAAGCUUCAAAUGGCUGCCAGAGUGAUCGUAGCAAUUGAAAACCCUCAGGACAUUAUUGUCCAAUCUGCUAGACCAUAUGGACAAAGGGCUGUACUGAAAUUCGCUCAGUACACAGGUUGCCACGCCAUUGCUGGGCGUCACACUCCUGGUACCUUCACAAAUCAGCUCCAGACAUCUUUCAGUGAGCCACGUCUUCUUAUCUUGACAGACCCAAGAACUGAUCACCAGCCAAUCAAGGAGGCUGCACUAGGAAACAUCCCCACAAUUGCUUUCUGUGACACUGAUUCUCCCAUGAGAUAUGUUGAUAUUGGUAUCCCUGCUAACAACAAGGGAAAGCACAGCAUUGGGUGUCUGUUCUGGCUCUUAGCUAGAAUGGUGUUGCAGAUGAGAGGUGUGAUUAACCAAGGACACAAAUGGGAUGUCAUGGUUGAUUUGUUUUUCUACAGGGAGCCAGAAGAGGCUAAGGAACAAAAUGAAGAUGAUGGUCCUGCCCCUGCAGAUUAUGUUGAUUAUGCAGCAGGUGCACUUGGCAUGGGUGACAAUUGGUCAGCCCAGAUCCCUGAUGCUCAAUGGGCUGGUGAGAUGGCACAACCACCAAUUGCUGGUGCCCCUGUGGUUGCAGGUGUCACUGGCUGGACUGGGGCUGAGGCUCCGGUGAGUGGUGGUGAUGGGUGGGAGGCUGUUGCUGCUCCAGUACCACAAGCUGAAGGUGCAGCUGCAACUGGCUGGGAAUGAGACAAGAUUGUUCUUCUGUGUUCAACUUUACUUUUUUGUCUUGUUUAAAACUAAGUAUGCUGAGACUAGUUUUAUGAUAUGAGUUUUUGAUAUUUUUCAAUGUUCAAAAUUUUUGAUGGUUUUGUUAUGAAUGAUAGAAUUAAUUUUGCUUUCA